ACCAGGGUGUGAAAAAGUGCUUUUGUAACCAAAACGUCGGGGAAGCGGUGGACUGACUGUUUCAUGAAAGUUUUUUGGGGUAAAGUUGGUUAAAAAUAAUGAGCAAUAUUGUUCAUAUUUGUAGUUUUUUUUAAUUGUAUGUAACGUUAACGUCGUUACGGCAGCGCGAGACUUAAUCUAAUUGAAGUGGUAAUCACGGUCAGCUGCGAGUGUCAGGCUUUGGUUACCGCGCUGUGGCCUCAGCUGAGUAGGUGCGUAUUUAACACCACUGGCUCUAAACUGUAACAGCAGUUGAGCUGUGUGGGAGAGAGACAUAUCUGAGACAUGGGCGAGAAGAACGUGCUGCGUAUUUUAGCCAUUGUGCUCUUUGUGCUGGCUUACAUCGCGACUUUGGCCAUCAACGCUCUGGCGGGCUCUGGGAAAGGUCCAUUUUUGCGAAGUACAGGCAAUGUUUCUGCGCUGUAUGAUACGGAGAUCACUCCCGCUGGAUGGACCUUCUCCAUCUGGGGAUUCCUCUACACCUGGCUUCUCCUUAUGAACAUAUACAUUCUCACCUGGCUCUGUAGACGGACUUCAACUGGAUGGAUGUACUGUAGUCCUGCACUUCUUCCUUAUGGGUUUUUCCUCUCCUGGGUGGUUAACAUGGUUCUAAACAGCACCUGGCUCAUCCUGUGGGACCGAGAGUUAAUGAUCCCAGCGCUAAUAGUGCUGGCUCUGAUUGCCUUCACCAACUACCUCAUGAUCUUCUUCUCCUGUGUUGGCCUAAAAGCUCAUGGAGCCUGGCUCAAAUACAACCACCCUGUUGACCUCUGGUGCAUCCGUGUGCUGGUUCAGAAUGCCAUUGCUGCCUAUGCAACAUGGACAACAAUAGCCACGCUCCUCAACUUUGCUGUUGUGUUGGGUAUUGCAUCAGUGUCCACAACAAAUGCUGCCACUGUUGCUCUGUGUGGUCUGCUUUUGGAAGUGAUUGUAUGGUUUGCUGUUGAGAACUUUGUGAUAGAGAAACAUGUGCGCUACAUUCUGACUGUCUACCCCGUCGUCAUCUACGCUCUCAUUGGAAGCUUGAGCAGGCACUAUGAUGCAGCAGCUCCAGGCAGGAAUGCUGUCUUUACAGCUGUUCUCCUGGUGCUGGCCUGCGUUUUGUUUGUGGUGCGAGUGCUGCUGGUGAUCUGGAGGCAUCGUACACAGCCUCUGUUCCAGGAAACGACAGCUGAGGGGCUGAUGACACCUGUAAGCACCGCAGACAAGUAGCGGCACAGGUUUUACAUUACUUUAGAGAUGAAGCACCACACGCCAAAGCGUGGAUCACGUUAUGUUUUUUCAUAGGUGGACCGAGACAUCAGCACCCCACCACACAGCAACAAAGCAGAAUUGGUUAUUGUCUCAUGGUGCUUCAUUCUUGUCAUAGCAGUAGCUUACAUUGCUAUUAAUACUACAUACACACAGAGCAUUUAAUCCUUCACUGAUUCCAGAAAGCUGUUAAAAAUCAGUGCAGAGUUCAUUUAGUCAUAAAAAAGCAGAGGUCAAAUGAAGUUUAAUUUUGUUUUUUUUAUUGCACUGAUUGUAAUACAACUAGACACAAUAGGUAUGUAUGUGUCUAUUAUCAUGUGACAAAAUGGCUAACAUAAUAAAUUUAUACCAAGAAUAUAUAAUACUGUGCAAAAAGGCCUUUAAGUAUAAGUUAUUUAUUUUUUGCUGUCAGGAGAAAAAGCAGAAAACAUGUAUUUAAC